AUGUUUCUCCAAAUCCUCAGCCUCGCUUCCGUAGCGACUGCGAUCCUCCCCUCUCCACAACACAUCUUCUCCAACCCCGCAGACACAUCGAACGUACACUCCACAUUCAAGAUCCCAACCGCCUACGAGUCCGCAGUCCUCGGACGAAGAAUCCUCCACCUCUCUUCCCUAGGAAUCCUCAGCACCAUCUUCCCCUCUCCCAACCAUGCCUCCGAAACCCUCGAACAACGACCUUCAGGUCUGGGAGGAAUGCCCAUCGGGCUAAUGGACUACAUAGCGGACUGCGAAGGCACAGGAAACCCCACGAUCCUCGCAAUCAACAUCGCAACAUCCUUCAAAAACGCCGCCGCCGGCUCCAACACCUCCCUAUCCUUGCAAUGGACACCGCCUCACCCACCCGCGAAGCGGAUCUCCUCGCUCCCAACACUUCCCUACUCUGCUGCCAACCUGCCGCGCUUCAGUAUCCUGGGAUAUCUGGAGAAGAUGGAAGACACAGAGGCGCUGAGGAAGUGUUUCGUGGAGACCCAUCCCGAUGCCAAGUAUUGGUUGCCCGGAAACCAGAUCCAUCGGAGUGAGUGGGUGCGUCUGGUUGUGCAGGAUAUUUACUGGGUUGGGGGGUUUGGGGAUAGAGCGUAUAUUGGCUGGAUAGAUGCUAGUCAUUGGAGUAAUGUGACGAAGGAAGAAUGGGAAGAGGUGAGAUUACCUGGUGAGAAGGAGGGUUGGAAGGAGUGGGCAGCUGAUAGCCAGAGGGAGUGGGAGCUGUAA